AGGGCCGGCGGGCGGGCAGGGGAGGAGGAGGAGGAGGCGGGCGCCGUGUCGCACGCAGCUCCAGGCGGGGCAGCCCGGGUGGCUGAGGGACGCGGCCAGACCUUGGCGGGACGGGGUUUCGCAGGGCCCGGACCCAGCGAGUAAGGCAGACACGCCGGCCGAGCCUUUGGGGCACCAGGGAGAUGCGGGUUUGCCUGCAAUGAGAUUUCACUUUCUACACUUAAAGGACAUCCUUUCUGAGCUGCUGUGAAUAAAUUUGGAAUGAUAACUAUAUAUUUUCAACUAAUGGAGAAUUAACUGUGUCUUGAACAAGGAUUGCUGCACUGGACAACUUCAGAACAUUACUCACAAUGUCAUCAAACAGAAGUCAGAAUCCCCAUGGACUGAAGCAGAUUGGCCUUGAUCAGAUCUGGGACGACCUCAGAGCUGGAAUCCAGCAAGUGUACACCAGACAAAGUAUGGCAAAGUCCAGAUACAUGGAACUCUACACUCAUGUUUAUAACUACUGUACUAGUGUACACCAGUCCAACCAAGCACGGGGGGCUGGAGUCCCUUCUUCCAAGUCGAAAAAGGGGCAGACACCUGGAGGAGCUCAGUUUGUUGGCUUGGAAUUGUAUAAAAGACUUAAGGAAUUUUUGAAGAAUUACUUGACAAAUCUUCUUAAGGAUGGAGAAGACUUGAUGGAUGAGAGUGUACUGAAGUUCUACACUCAGCAGUGGGAAGAUUACCGAUUCUCUAGCAAAGUGCUGAAUGGAAUCUGUGCCUACCUCAAUAGACAUUGGGUUCGCCGUGAAUGUGAUGAAGGACGAAAAGGAAUAUAUGAAAUCUAUUCACUUGCAUUGGUGACUUGGAGAGAUUGUCUGUUCAGGCCUUUGAAUAAACAGGUAACAAAUGCUGUUUUAAAACUGAUUGAAAAGGAAAGAAAUGGUGAAACCAUCAAUACAAGACUGAUUAGUGGAGUUGUACAAUCUUAUGUGGAAUUGGGGCUGAAUGAAGAUGAUGCAUUUGCAAAGGGCCCUACGUUAACAGUGUAUAAAGAAUCCUUUGAAUCUCAAUUUUUGGCUGACACAGAGAGAUUUUAUACCAGAGAGAGUACUGAAUUCUUGCAGCAGAACCCAGUUACUGAAUAUAUGAAAAAGGCAGAGGCUCGUCUGCUUGAGGAACAGCGAAGAGUUCAGGUUUAUCUUCAUGAAAGCACACAAGAUGAACUUGCAAGAAAAUGUGAACAGGUCCUUAUCGAAAAACAUUUGGAAAUUUUCCACACAGAGUUCCAGAACUUGUUGGAUGCUGACAAGAAUGAAGAUUUGGGCCGCAUGUAUAACCUUGUAUCUAGAAUCCAGGAUGGCCUUGGAGAACUGAAAAAACUUCUGGAGACGCACAUUCAUAAUCAGGGUCUUGCCGCAAUCGAGAAGUGUGGAGAAGCUGCUUUAAAUGAUCCCAAAAUGUAUGUGCAGACGGUGCUGGACGUUCAUAAGAAGUACAACGCUCUGGUGAUGUCAGCCUUCAAUAACGACGCUGGCUUUGUGGCUGCACUCGACAAGGCUUGUGGUCGCUUCAUAAACAACAACGCGGUUACCAAAAUGGCUCAGUCAUCCAGUAAAUCCCCAGAGUUGCUCGCCCGGUACUGUGACUCUUUACUGAAGAAAAGUUCCAAAAACCCAGAAGAGGCAGAACUAGAAGACACGCUCAAUCAAGUGAUGGUUGUCUUCAAGUACAUAGAGGACAAAGAUGUGUUUCAGAAGUUCUAUGCAAAGAUGCUGGCCAAGAGACUUGUACAUCAGAAUAGUGCAAGUGAUGAUGCUGAAGCAAGCAUGAUCUCCAAGUUAAAGCAAGCUUGUGGUUUUGAGUAUACCUCCAAACUUCAGCGCAUGUUUCAAGAUAUUGGUGUAAGCAAAGAUUUGAAUGAACAGUUCAAAAAGCACCUGACGAAUUCAGAACCACUGGACUUGGAUUUCAGUAUUCAAGUCCUGAGUUCUGGAUCGUGGCCCUUCCAGCAGUCCUGCACAUUCGCCUUGCCAUCUGAGUUGGAGCGCAGUUAUCAGAGAUUCACGGCUUUCUAUGCCAGCCGCCACAGUGGCAGAAAAUUGACAUGGUUGUACCAGUUAUCCAAAGGAGAAUUGGUGACGAACUGCUUCAAAAACAGAUACACUUUGCAGGCAUCCACAUUCCAGAUGGCAAUCUUGCUUCAAUACAACACAGAAGAUGUCUACACCGUGCAGCAGCUGACGGAUAGCACUCAAAUUAAAAUGGACAUUUUGGCACAAGUCCUACAGAUUUUACUGAAGUCGAAGUUAUUGGUCUUAGAAGAUGAAAAUGCAAAUGUUGAUGAGGUGGAAUUGAAGCCGGAUACCUUAAUAAAGCUGUAUCUUGGUUAUAAAAAUAAGAAAUUAAGGGUUAACAUCAACGUGCCAAUGAAAACUGAACAGAAGCAGGAACAAGAAACAACACAUAAAAAUAUCGAGGAAGACCGCAAGCUCCUGAUUCAGGCGGCCAUUGUGAGAAUCAUGAAAAUGAGGAAGGUCCUGAAACACCAGCAGUUACUUGGCGAAGUCCUCACUCAGCUGUCCUCCAGGUUCAAACCUCGGGUCCCAGUGAUUAAGAAAUGCAUUGACAUUCUGAUUGAGAAAGAGUAUUUGGAGCGAGUUGAUGGUGAAAAGGACACCUACAGUUACUUGGCUUAACCCUUCCAGAGGUGUCUGUGGGACCUGCAGCAAAUAGUUCCAAUGGAGAGGACGAAAACGGCUCAAGUUCAUAGCAGACAGCCUGCCGCCAUUUGGACCUCCCUUUUUAAAACUGAGACCGCAGCUCCCAUCAAGCAAGCUGCUCUCAGACUUUCAGCAGAACUGCUCAGGACUGAUAACAUUUCAAGUCUGUAAAUAUGGACACCAACGCCAUUUAAGCUAAUUUAAGAACCGAGGGGAACUGAACCUUCCAUGCUGAGGGCUGCAUGCUACUGCAUUUAAAUCAAUACAUUGGCUACCUGGUUACCGCUGUCGGCCGAGGCAGCACCUGUAAUGUUGGCAGCACUUUGAGAGCAAGUCUGAAUGGACCCACGUGUAAUCUGCUAUGGAAACCCAUUUGUAUAGUGUGUUUCAUUUUUUAAUGUGUGAAAUAAAGAAAAUUAAAGGAUUUCUGUACAAGUUGCAUUUGGUUUUGUUUUAGGUUUUACUAAUUUCUAUAUGUAAAUAAAAGAUUUAAUGAUUGUGCAAAU